CACCGGGUCAUGAGCGCCCCGGGCCAUGGACACCAGCGAUCUCUUCAUCAGCUGCAAGAAAGGAGACGUGUGCAGAGUCCGGUACCUUCUGGAGCAGAGAGACGUGGAGGUCAAUGUCCGGGACAAGUGGGACAGUACCCCUCUAUAUUACGCCUGCUUGUGUGGACAUGAGGAACUUGUACGCUACCUCCUGGCCAAUGGAGCCAGGUGUGAGGCCAACACUUUUGAUGGGGAGCGCUGCCUGUAUGGGGCACUGAGUGACACCAUCCGGCGGGAGUUGAGAGACUACAAGCAGAUCACAUCCACGCGAAUGCAGAGGGAUUAUUACGAUGACUUCCUGCAGCGGCUCCUGGAGCAGGGCUACCAGAGCGACAUCGUUUUCAUCGUCCAUGGGAAAUCCUUCUGUGCCCACCGAUGCAUUCUCAGUGCCCGAAGCAGCUACUUCGCCAACAUGUUUGACACCAAGUGGAAGGGGAAGAGUGUGAUUGCCCUCAAGCACCCACUGAUCAAUCCCAUGGCCUUCGGCUCCCUUCUGCAGUAUCUCUACACAGGCCGCCUGGACAUUGAUGUGGAGCAUGUGAGUGACUGUAAGAGACUGGCCAAGCAGUGUCAGCUGCAGGAGCUCAUCACUGGCCUAGAGACCAAGUGCAAGAAGGCCUAUGAGUUUGUGGCCUCUAAGCCGGGGACAUGCGUGAAGGUUCUGACCAUUGAGCCUCCCCCUGCUGACUGCCGGCUCCGUGAAGACCUGGCCCUGCUGGCAGACUGUGCCUUGCCUCCAGAGCUGCGGGUGGGCUUUGGAGAGCUGCCUUUUGACAGUACGGACAAUUUCAGCAGCUGUCCCGACGUCUGCUUCCGUGUGGCCGACUACAACUUCUUGUGUCACAAGGCCUUCUUCUGCGGCCGGAGUGACUACUUUCGGGCCCUGUUGGAGGAUCACUUCAGUGAGAGUGAAGAGCUGGCAGCCUCUCCUGGCCUCCCUGCAGUCACCCUGCACGGCAUCUCCCCCGACAUCUUUACCCGCGUGCUUUACUACGUGUACAGCGAUGACACUGAGCUCUCUCCUGACAUUGCCUACGAUGUUCUGUGUGUGGCUGAUAUGUACUUGUUGCCUGGCCUGAAGAGGCUGUGUGGUCGGAGCCUGGGCCAGGUGUUGGAUGAAGACAAUGUGGUCGGUGUCUGGAAGGUGGCUAAGCUGUUCCAGCUGACUCGGCUGGAGGACCAGUGCACAGAAUUCAUGGCCAAGGUCAUCGAGAAGCUGGUGGAACGGGAGGAGUUUGUAGCAGCUGUGAAGGAGGAGGCUGCCGCCGUGGCUGAGCGCCAGGAGACAGACUCCAUCCCCCUGGUGGAUGACAUCCGUUUCCAUAUCACUAGCAACGUGCAGACCUACAGCGCCAUCGAGGAGGCCAGCCAGAGGCUGCAGGUCCUGGAGGAGCUCUUGGCUAACAUCGGUCUGGACUGCUGACUUCUAGACGCUGCUAACUGGGGGGGCUGGACGUUCUUCCCCUGCAGCCGAGAGCUGCUGUGUAUGGCUUCCCCCUUGCUGCAGAGACGCAUCACCCCAAACGCAGAGACCUGGCUGGGUCUGACGCCGUGGUAGCUGGACAUGAUUCUCUAAAUGGCUUUGAGAUCCGUGCCCCCACCCCCAUCGCACCCCCUUCUCUCCCCAAGUCUGAGUGUCCGAUGGAGAGGCUUUUCUCCAAGCACUGAUUAUAUAUCCUUGGGGUUGAGAACCCAAAUCACUAUAGGUCUUGAAUCUUUGUUUCCAGAAGCUAAGAAUGUAAUUUUCAGCUAGGCAACAGAAAGAAGUACCGACGAGAUAGAUUUCUCUUCCUGACCACACGUGUGUGGGCGAAGCCCUCCACUGUCCUUGCUGGGCAUCCAGAUGUGCUCUCCACUCCUACGGGACACGGGCUGUGGAGCUCAUUCUUCCCCAACCUGCCUUACUCCAUCUGGGUCACUGGGCUCUCCCCGCUGGCCCCCUCACUGUGAGGGAGAAGGCAGCUCUGGGGCAAAAUGUCCUCAUCCUGCCUGUUGGGGGUCUUGUGGCAAAGAUUAGCUUGCUGGCAUCCCCUUCCUUUCCUCUGCUUAGAAGGAUCAGAGAAUCCUGGUCCCAGAGGAGGCAUUGCUCCAGGGAAUGACCACACAUAGGCUGAGAGGCAGCCUCGUGGUCUCUAGCUCAGCCUCUGGAUGGGAGGGAGAGAGGCAGGUGGCCUCCUUCAGGACCCCUGAGGCUUCCCUGGCUGCCCCAUGGCACUGUCAAGAGUAUACAGUCUGGGGCUAAGCCGAGUACUCCUGGUCCCUGGGACCCAGUGCUGGGUGCUUCCCUUUUUUUUUUUCCUUGCUCAAAGCACAAACAGAUAUCUCCCAAACUCUCCUGGUAGGGAUGGGGGGUGAGGAUUUUUGGUUGGGGAAAUGAAUCCUGAAAAAGCUGGGAUGUUAAGGGAAAACUGGGUUCUCCCAAGGUCUCCAAGGCCAGAUAAAGCCCAGGGAUUGUGCUAAGCCCAGAGAAAACUGAUCUGGGCUUGUGAGGAGAUUCACUCCUCCUCCCUUUCAUCCCCCUAGGCUGGUUAUAGAAGCCUCCCCAGGUACCCUCACACAGUGAGGAGGGGCCGAGAGCUGCCCAGCACCACCUUCCCCUUGGAAAAACAAAACAAAACAAAACAAAAAAAAGCCCAAACUGCAGGUUUUCAGAGCUAAGAUCUAUUCUAAUAUAUACUAUUUAAAAAUAAAACAGAGGAGCAUGUGUGCGGCAAUAAAAAUAUAUUUCCCUA